GUACGUGUCUCUUCCAGGGAAAGGUAGUUCCACCGCCUCCAUCGCCAGUUGUGUUAGCGAGAGGCGAACUCAGUUUCCCAGGUGGCGCAGCGGCAGCCAGUCCAAAGUCGGACUUUCAAAACCAACCCGAAGUUUUGAACCCGGCGGCGGUAGUUGUCACUGACACAGGUUUGGAGUCGUGGCGCCAGUGUACUGCUUCUGGGGAGGUCUCGACCAGGUUCUGGCACCUUCAACCCCCACCGAUAUCUGCGUAUCAUCAGGGUAUCCCGCUUUCCCCCCAGUUUCCCAAGAGCGUCCUUCCUUUCCCUAGUCCCAGGAUCGCAGUUUUGGUCUGAUAGUGCAUGCCCCUACUCCAAGUUGCAUCCCCACUACCCUCUUUCCAUCUAACGUGGUGGCUUUUCCUGGGCUGUACCUUGGGUAUCCCCCGCUGAGAGAGUAAGCACAAGACACCAGGGAGCCAGACCCCUGCCGCUCCCCUGCCACAAGAUAUGAGUAGGAGCCUCAGCUGGUUUGAGCAGCCGGAUGUGCUUCUCAACACUACUGAUGGAAAUGUGGCCCGGAUUAAGCAGUGGCUGUAUCCUCUUGGGGUCUCCACCUCAGAAUAGCACUGCUGUCACUCCUACAGUGCUGUGGAAGGAGUCAGAGAUUAUGGAGAAGGAAUUGAAGUUGCUGCAGUACCAGCUGAGACCUCCAUACAUGUUCUCCAAUCUAAGCUGCCUCUGGCCACUACCAUUACCAUGUCUGUUUCUUCAUUCAGUCUUCUGGACAGUAACAGUAGCUGGGAACUUUUAUGGAAGCCAGAUCCCCAGAGGAGCACCCUUUCUAUACUGGAGCCCGGCAGCUUUCAGCUCCAUGCCCAGAGUCUUAAGCAAGAGGGCCUAUUCCUUUGGGGCCUCAAGAUGCUCCUGAAUGACUUGUAAGGACUCGUUAAGAGUAGUGGGAUGAAGGCUUCUUUGCCCACCCUCCCCCCCAAGGCCCUCUUUCUGGACUGCCUGCCUCUACCCUCUUGAUGUAGCUAUUAUCUGUCCUCUCUACUGAGGCUUUUCACAGCUUGCCCAUCCUUGUUGCCCAGCUUCAGUAAAAUGGUUUAACUCUCCCUGAUGUGUUUUCUGUGAGUCAGCACCCACAUGGGAUAGAAUCAGCUGUACCUGUUUAUCUUCCUGUUACUUGAAGUGCUUUCUAUAACCUCUACCCCUGAAAUCCAAGUUCAUAGACA